AGCUUGAAUUUCUUUAUUUGAAUUGUCCUGCUUAUCGGGUUGGAUUUGAAAUGUGUGAUUAGUUACUGGGAUGGGGAAAUCGAUUGGAUCGACUUCAUUUGUUGGUGAUGAUUUGUUCUUGGAAAAUUAAUUUGAAUUUGGAUUUGAUUGGGGUUGGGAGGAAAAUAGAUAGUUUCUAUGUGGUUAUUCGUCAUGGACGGUUGAUCUGUUAGGGCAACCUGAGGAUGGGUCGUGGCCCAAAAUCAAGUUGAUUGGGCGGUUAUUUACUGUAUGAUUACUUGCAGCACAUGUUCCUGGAAAUGUGGAUUGUUGAUUUGGUAGAUGUGGGUGGGCGAAAAAUGAAGUUGAUUAGCUUGUUAGUUUCUUCCAUUUGUAUGGUAAUAAGGACCAUUGAUCUGAUGGGCUGACAAUCCAAUGGCCCUUGAUAGAGUGGAAUGACAGAAUGGGAUAUGUGUAGCUGAUCCCAGUUAGUUAGGAAAGGCUUAGAUGAUGAUGAUGGUCUGUUGGGCUGACAUUUAAAUGGUCCAUAGCCCAAAAAUUGAGGGGAUUGGAAUUUUAAUUACACUGUAAACAAUGGGUUAGAUUUCGCACAUGUCUACAGUGAGAACUGAGGAGGACAACUUCUCCAUUGACCAAUAUGUGGAUUGGACUAUGGUCAACAUCUAAUCAAUGAACUGCGAAUGCAUAGGAUAUUCUUCAUUUUUUAGUGAUAAAAAUGGUUUACUUGUCCGAAUUCGACUGGCAAAAGCCACAAUUCUCAGAUGUUUAGGAUAGUUCAAUCAUCACAUUUUGUUUUGACCAUGGUCCAUUCAUGUGACAACCAGUGAGAAAAAAGCUAGCGAGUGUUGUAUGCGUUUGCAAUGUGUAUGGUGGAUCCACACCUCAUUUGUGAAUGUGAUGAAUGUAUUUAACUGUGGAGGGCAUAGUUGUGAGUUUUGGACUUGGGAAAACCCCAAUGAGGCAAUUGUUCACAAUAUGGAAAUUCGGAGAUUUUCUUUUCAAGUAAAAUAGUGAAGAAAAGAGAAGAAUGUCUGCAUAUGGCCUCUGGAUUCAUUCGAUGGGAUGCUCACUUUUGGUGAGCAUGGCUUCUCUUGUUUGCCUGAUUAUCUUGCCAGUCAUUUUCUAUCAAGGGAAACCAUCCAAGAUGGUGGUUGAUUCUUUGGCCGUAUUUGGGGCAGGAGCGAUGUUAGGGGACGCAUUUCUACACCAGUUACCACACGCUUUUGGCGGUGAACAGUCUCACUCACAUGAUCAUCAUUCCGACCAUGUACACGAUGAGUUCCAUAAUCAUGGUCAUGGACAGUCACAUUCUCACUCUCUCAAGGAUCUUUCUGUUGGAUUAUCCAUUCUAUCUGGAAUUGUACUUUUUCUUAUGGUUGAGAAGGUUGUAAGGUAUGUUGAAGCUCAUUCUAGUAAAGGAACGCAUGGAUGGGGUCACGUUCACCACCACCACCACCAUCGUAAGAGUAGUGACGAUUUGAAGGAUGAUGAAGGCUGUAGUGAUAAUGCAAAUACACCGCUAAUCGAUACGAAGAAAGGAAGUAUGACGAAGAUGGCAUCUGAGAGUGAGCUGAUUCAUGGGGAAGAGAAUUUUCCUCGUAAGAGAAGCAGUCAUGGUGGCCCCACCGUUGAAGACGAAAUCUGUUCGGAGGCUGCAAAUGGCUCUGUCACAAAGGAGACACCCUGCAGUUCAGAUGCUGCAAAUGGCUCUAUCACAAAGAAUACACCACCAAGUUCAGAUGCUGCAAGUGGCUCUGUUACAAAGAAGUCUCCCUUGGCUGGAAGUGAACCUGCUCGAUCGCCUUCAAGUUUAGUAUUUGGUUACCUAAAUCUCUUCUCUGAUGGUGUUCACAAUUUUACUGAUGGGAUGGCUUUAGGAAGUGCUUUCUUGCUUUACGGUUCAGUUGGUGGAUGGUCUCGGACGCUAUUUCUGCUUGCACAUGAACUUCCUCAAGAGGUUGGUGAUUUUGGAAUCUUGGUAAGGUCAGGUUUCAGUGUGUCAAAAGCCCUCUUCUUCAAUUUCCUGUCGGCACUGUCGGCUUUAGCAGGAACAGCAUUGGCAUUGCUCUUAGGACAGGAGCCCGGGCAAUCUUCAUUGAUUGAGGGAUUCACAGCAGGCGGUUUCAUCUACAUCGCAGUUGCUGGGGUGCUCCCGGAAAUGAAUAAUGGGAAGGCAACAGUUAAAAGUACAGUAAUUCAAUUAACCUCCCUGAUAUCGGGAAUGGCUGUUGCUCUAUGCAUUUCCCUUGUGGAGUAGUAGUGUACAUUACCACCAAUAUCAUCGACACCAUUUUGUUCGGACGGAUGAAAAUUAAUAAAUCUUUUUUUCUCGCUUCCAAGAAUUAUUU